AUGGGCAGAAAAGAAACAAGUUUUGUCGUGUUAACCUUUGCACCAUUCUUAUUGAAAGGGUUAGUCAAAAAUUCAUGGUUAGCAAUUAAUACAAAAAAUAUACCAAAUUAUAUUCAAAACUAUGUAAAAUUAAAUUCAAACUGGGAAGAGUAA